GGUUUUGUUGAUGGCACUGUAAGACCCAUCUGCCGUCCAGGGGAGCACUAAAGAAUAAUGUAUAAUGUCCACAAAAGAGUUCAUGGUAUUAAAUUCCAGUCCGUGGUGGCGCCAAAUGGCCUAAUAGCAAACCUGUUUGGUCCAGUCGAGGGAAAGAGGCAUGAUGAGAGGAUGCUACAGAUGUCAGGGUUACUGCACCAACUUCAGCAAUACUCUGUUGAUCAAGCACGGCAGCCACUUUGCAUCUAUGGGGAUCCUGCUUACCCUCUCAGAGUUCAGCUACAGGCACCAUACAAACAUGCUCACCUCACAGCUGACCAAGAGGCCUUCAAUUCUUCAAUGAGCAAAGUUCGAUCGGCUGUUGAGUGGGUGUUUGGGGACAUUAUCUCUUAUUUUGCCUUUCUGGAUUUCAAAAAGAAUCUCAAGAUAGGACUUAGUCCAGUUGGUACCAUGUAUGCUGCCUGUGCUCUUCUACGGAAUGCUCAUACAUGUUUAUACAGCUCUAUGUCUAGCUCUUUUUUUGACCUAGAGCCACCUACUAUUCAAGAGUACUUUCAAGUUUAAUGAAAAUAAUUAUAUUGUAUUGUCAAAA